UUUUGUAAUUAUUGUUGAAUGAUUGUACUAGUGUCACUUUUUAUUCGAUUUUUGUCCUAUAAUGUAACAUAGGAAUUGACAUUUACAGAUUUAAAAAAAAAAUUUUUUAACUAUUCGGUCAUUUAAUUAUUUACAUAUAUCUAAAUGUUACCUAAAUUUCAUUGAACCACAAUAAUUUUUAUAUAUGGAGAAAUGGUAUAUUUCAAAACAUAAUCUUGUUUUAAAGAAACAAGUGUUUCAAGGUUUAUAAAAUUUAAUGUUUAUCUUCAAUAUUGUAUUUUAAAUUCAACAAACAUGCCAUUUGAAGGAAAAUAUAACGCUAAAAGUCCAGCUGUCAAGAGAUUGAUGCGAGAAGCUUUGGAAUUGCACGAGCCUACUGAAGAGUACUGUGCAUAUCCAUUGGAAGAUAAUCUUUUUGAAUGGCACUUCACUAUACAAGGUCCACCGUCCUCGGAUUUUGAAGGCGGUGUUUAUCAUGGGAGAAUAUUACUGCCACCAGAGUAUCCUAUGAAGCCACCAAAUAUUAUUUUACUGACCCCCAACGGUCGAUUUGAAAUCAAUAAAAAAAUAUGCUUGAGCAUCUCCGGUCAUCAUCCGGAAACAUGGCAACCAUCAUGGAGCAUAAGAACGGCAUUACUUGCUCUUAUUGCAUUUAUGCCAACUCCUGGAAAUGGAAAAAUUGGAUCUUUAGAUUAUAAUGCCGAAGAAAGACAAAAACUUGCUAAAAGAUCGCUCACAUGGCAUUGUGAAACUUGUGGACAAAUAGUGAAUUUAUUAUCUACUGUCAUAAGAAAAAGACCAAUUACAGAAGAGGAGAAACAGAUGUUGAAUACAAUUGCACUAAAGGCUGAGGAAGUGACAGCAGAUAAUUUUACAUCAGAUAUGGAAAAUGAAUUAAGACAACGUAAUGUUGAUUAUCAGACAGAAUUUCAGGAAGAGCAACCUGAAUUUCGAGAAACAACGGAAAUAGUUAUAACACGUUCUAAAAAUGAAUUAUUUUGGAGUGUUUCAAUUAUUUUUCUAGUUUCUGCAAUUAUUUUACUCAUUUUGCGAAGAUUAUUUUUUAUGUAAACAUUUUUUUUUUUCACAUUUUGCUGUAUGUUUGUUAUAAAAUUGUUUAAAAAAAAAAUCACAACCUAGUUGAGAUAUAUUAUAUUAUAUAAAUUGGAAAGCUAUAUAUGUACAAAAUAUUUAUGAAAAUAAACUUUAUUAGAUGGAUUAAAA